UCCAACUUACACAUGAUAACACAAUUAUACGAAAUAUCAGAAACAUAAAACAUGGAUAACGACUUAUUGUUCCGUUCCUCGAUGCACGAUUUUUUUCACGAUGACGAUGACAAUGAAGAUGAAGAAGAACCGAAGCCCGAGGUCAAAAAAUAUUCGUACAAGGAGUACAUGAAGAAGGUGAUGGCCCUGUUUCCAUUGCCGGAGAAGCCGCCGCAUAUGUGUCAUGACGCGUUCAUCAGCAAGUUGCUGGCUCCAUUUGCUUUGGAGAAGCGGCCAGACCGGAAGGCUACUUACGAUGAGGGUGAAAUGGAGUUUACCUUCGAGAAUGCAAACGAGAACUUCCUGGCCAAUCUAUAUUCGACUGACUACAAGGCCCGGGCAACUAUGUAUAUGGCCAGGGCCACCAUGAUGGCCAGGCGAUCCACUGAACGGUCCGUUCUUAGCCUGGAUCAGCGCAAAUCGGCCUUUAAAACGGCUCAAAUGUUCAAGACCCGGUUUCGCAAUUUGAUAUCCGAUUUUCGUAAUGUUUGCGUCAUCUAUCAGCUAGUCCAGCUCCAGGAAAUCCUCAACGUGAUGAGAGAGCAUCCCCCAGCUGGCACUGAUCCCAAUAAUACAAUUUUCGUCUGGUGUUACAAGGAAAAUUUGAAGCGAUUCAAGGAACAAAAUGCUACAGUAUAUAUAGAUAUUUUAGAGGAAAACAAACCUCAAACAACACUGGAUGACCUUAAGUUUUACGUGGACUUAACCGAGAUAAUUCGACUGGUACGGAUACUGCUUAACGAUGUGACCAGGGACAGGGAUCUGUGUGCUCCCCGUGGCUUUAUGGAACAUCUUACUGACACCACCAUGGACAUUGAUAAGAUAAUUGCUUUGCCAUAUGAAACUGUAAUGGCCGAACAUGAUGCUUUGGCUGCGGAAAAUCAGAAUAAGGAAGGGAGGUUUCGAAAUCCUCUUUUGAAAGCCAAGCAGAUUGCCUUAAAAAAAGAACGUUUUCAAAGCGACUACAUCAUGCCGGUGGAGACUCGAUAUAGAGUGAAUUGGACCUACGAUAAGAAGGAACAAUUUCAAUUCAAAGACGACUUACAUUGUAAGGUUUUCACCGAUGAGCUGGAAAAGCUGGCCGAAUUAACCGAAAAGGAUAACCGGGUGCGCCAGAGUGUCACAUAUGAAUACCUCUACCUGAUCGAAUCCUACAAGAAGCGCAUCAAUCAGGUCCAACAGGCCUACGAUGAUGACAUGGAGUCAGCUGAGAACAUCGUGCAGGCCACUCGCAAUCGCGUCAACAAAUGCAAGGAGGACCUGAAAAUGGCCAUCGAUAAGGUGGAAAUGUUUAGACGGAAAACCAAAGAGGUCCGCGAUAAAAUAGCUGAAGAAAAAGAGGCUGAAAGGGCACGACUAUCAGCGGCUCGACCUUCCAAAAGACCAUCUCAGCAAGUCCCUGUCAAGCCCGAAAAGGGUAAAAAGAAGAAAGGUUAAAACUGAAACCAAAUUCAUAUAUUUGGAGUACUUUCAUAACUUUUUACUCACGAUUCAUACAACUUUUAAAUUUUUGAAGUGAUGCCUUAAGGGCAAAGGACUAAUAUC